UGUUUUGGUUAGAAUGAUUUUUGCGUUCGUCCCGUAAGGUUGUUGGUUGUUUUUAGUGUUUGAACAAAAAGGAAAAAAGUGUGUGGAGCCGGAGUACAAAACGCGUAUAAAAAACGGCAGCGUGCUUGUGUAGUUGUUGUUUUAUAUUUGUAUAAAACAAAUUAGUGUUUUGUCAAAAAAAAAAAAAAAAAUAGUGUAAACGUUAAAAGUGUUAUCGUUAUAGCAGCGAGCUAAAAUAGUGUUCAAAUAAUUUAUACAAAUUAAUAUACAAAUUCUAUCAAUAAUAUAUUAAAAAUAUCUGAAAAACACCCCCACCCACCAUAUCCAAGGAUUUAUUUAUCAUCAAUCAAAUUAAUUGAAACAGCACAAACAUGGGAAAUAUUCAUACAACUGGACCAAAUCAGGCCUUAAUUGUAUCAGGUGGCUGCUGUGGUUCAACUAAAAAACGUACUAUAGUUGGUGGCUGGGCGUGGGCCUGGUGGCUAGUAACCGAUGUUCAACGUCUCUCCCUAAAUGUUAUGACCCUAAAUCCUAUGUGUGAAAAUGUGGAAACAGCCCAAGGUGUACCGUUAACAGUUACAGGAGUGGCACAAUGUAAAAUCAUGAAGAUGAUGAAUGUUUAUUAUUUUCAUCAUCAGGCUGACGAACUUUUGGGUACGGCCAGUGAACAAUUUUUGGGCAAGAAUGUAAGUGAAAUCAAGCAAACCAUCCUGCAAACACUUGAAGGUCACUUGCGUGCCAUAUUGGGAACUCUUACAGUCGAAGAGGUAUACAAAGAUCGCGAUCAAUUCGCAGCCUUAGUGCGCGAAGUAGCCGCACCUGAUGUCGGUCGCAUGGGAAUCGAAAUUCUCUCGUUCACCAUCAAGGACGUCUACGAUGAUGUCCAAUACUUGGCCUCGCUCGGCAAAGCACAAACGGCCAUUGUUAAACGUGAUGCCGAUGCUGGUGUGGCCGAAGCGAAUCGUGAUGCCGGCAUACGCGAAGCCGAGUGUGAGAAGAGUGCCAUGGAUGUUAAAUAUUCCACCGAUACGAAAAUUGAGGAUAAUGCACGUCUUUAUAAAUUGCAAAAAGCUAAUUUUGAUCAGGAAACAAAUACGGCUAAGGCCGAAUCACAAUUGGCUUAUGAAUUGCAGGCAGCGAAAAUACGUCAAAAGAUACGCAACGAAGAGAUACAAAUCGAUGUCGUAGAGAGACGUAAACAAAUUGAAAUUGAAUCACAAGAAGUGCAACGUAAGGAUCGUGAAUUGAUUGGUACGGUCAAAUUACCCGCCGAAGCUGAAGCCUAUAGAGUACAAACUAUAGCCCAAGGCAAACAAUGUCAAACUAUUGAAAUGGCCCGUGCUGAAGCCGAAAAGAUACGCAAGAUAGGUGCUGCCGAGGCCCAUGCCAUUGAGUUGGUGGGUAAGGCCGAGGCCGAACGUAUGCGCAUGAAGGCCCAUGUCUAUAAACAAUAUGGUGAUGCUGCUAUUAUGAGUAUUGUUUUGGAAUCACUGCCCAAGAUUGCUGCCGAAGUGGCUGCUCCUUUGGCUAAAACUGAGGAAAUUGUUCUCAUCGGUGGCAAUGACAAUGUAACCAACGAUGUUACCCGCCUUGUGGCACAAUUGCCACCCUCUAUUAAUGCCCUAACUGGUGUCGAUCUAUCCAAGGUUCUAUCAAAAAUACCGGGUGCUAAAGCGUGAGAUUUAGCUCAUCUAACGGCACAAGGAUUUGAUGAUUUGGCAAUGGCUUGAAUAUAAAUUAUAAACGAAUUCCGAUUUUACAUUUUUGACCAGCGACGCAACGAUGAUAAAAAAUUUAACAAAAUUAUUGAAAAUUUCAAUCAAACUCUUUAUUUAUAAACUCUUCUAACACAAUC